CACUGCUACUGUGCAGGGAGAGACAUGAACACCACUCCUACGGACAUCCAGAUGUUGUGGAGCUAACUGUUCAUCAACUCAUCAAUGUUUGUGUCCCUUCUUAUGCAGUGCAACAGGGCCUAUUUCUGAAAGUAAGAGAGGUUUGGGGCGUACCUGGAGAGCUCCAUCCAUGACCUCUGAACACCAUGACCUUUCAGAUGUCUUCGUCGACCUCUAGGAUAUUCCACAUGCUCAUAUUAUGGUUUGCCAUUGUCUUGUUUUGCACUGAUGGUUUGAGAGCUGAGAUGGGGACGACACCUAACCUGAAACACAUUGUGAUUGGUCGAUGUUACAGCUACAUAACACUAGUUUUCCCUAAUUCCAGCUAUGACUGUGAGGAGAUCUGGAGGGAGUUUGAGGAGGCUGUCGUGAGGAAGUCUCCCUGCAAUGUGAAGGUUAAGGACUACAAAAGGAUGUUCCGUGCCACGCCACAGACUCUGACAUGUGGUAAGCUGCUGUUCUGGAGUAAGACCAGGGAGCUGAUGCACAGCUAUGCAGCUGUAACACGUCGUUUCUGGACCCUGGAGGACACGCUGGUGGGAUACAUGUUCAAUGACCUCAUCUGGUGCGGACAGGGAGAGAAAGACAGAGGCUUUGAUUUCAACUCUUGCCCGGAGUGGUCAACAUGUGUAAACCAUCCUGUCUAUUCCUUGUGGAGACAAGCCUCACAAAACUUUGCUGCAGUGGCAUGUGGCAACAUCACAGUGCUGCUCAAUGGAUCCAUAGAGAAUGCUUUCAACAGGAAAAGCAUGUUUGGGAGUGUAGAGCUGGACAGCCUGAACCCCAGGAUGGUAGAUCAUGUCAACAUCAAGGUGGUGGCCAACCUGGAGGGACCUUUCAUAGAAUCCUGCACUCAGGGCUCCAUUGUGGAUUUGAUCAAAGUCCUACAGACCAGAGGGUUCCGCUGGACCUGCACAGACAGUGACCUAACUCUGAUGAUCCUCCAGUGCAUCCGGAACCCUCAACAGUUCUCCUGCCUGCCCUGUGCUAAUAGCCUACUGCACAGACAGAGGCUACAUCUAUAGAGAGGUUACAUCCACCCUAAAAAUAUUACCCCCAUAGUAGGCAAUGUGUCACUUUUCAAUGCAUUAUACUCUGUCCAAGUUCUCUUUAGAUACACAGAUACAUUUAGCUGUUUGUUUACUAUGUCUGUUGAUUUUAACUGAAAUAAAGACAGAAUAAUUAUAUUUCUGUGAUAAUGAAAUCAUCAUAACCCUGCUCUCUGAUUGGUGCCUUCAGAAUGACAUCCUCAUAACUCUGCUCUCAAAUUGGUCCCUUCAUAAUGACAUAGUCAUAACCCUGCUCUGUGAUUGGUCCUUUCAUAAUGACAACAUUAUAACCCUGCUCUGAUUGGUCCUUGCAUAAUGACAUCAUUAUAACCCUGCUCUAGUUGGUCCUUUCAUAAUGACAUCAUCAUAACCCUGCUCUCUGAUUGGUCUCUAAUCUUGUUGAUCAAACUCAGUUAUUAGUCUAUUAUGUACUUUGACAAUGAAGUUCUAUUUUAUAAUGUAUUCCAAAACCAGCACCGCUUGUUCA